GAAACGGAAGAAAAUACAGUAAGCUCUGCAUGUCAAUCACCAAUAAGUGACUUUAACGACAACAAUGACGGUUCACCGCAAAAAUCAUAUAUUUUAAAACAUACUCCAGAUGACUUAUUCAAAGUUACUGAUGAUGAGAAUGAAGAUACGCAUUCAUCAUUAUUCUGUGUUAUGAAAGAAAACCAAAUACAAUUUGUUCCAAUAGAAAACAUAAAAAUAACGAAGAACAUAAUUCAAGAGAAAAUUGGAACAGAAAAAGUGCCCGGCAGCGAAAAAGUAACUCUUACCUCCUGCCAAAUCCGCAUUUACGCCUUUUGAAUAUAACAAACACACAUAAAAAUCAACGAUCAAUCCCAAUAUUAAAAAAUGGAUCUUGCUUUAGACAAUUAAAAAGUACUACAUACACAAAUAAACAAGGAAAAGUGAUUUUAAGCAAUACUUGUGCAUUUGAUUCACUGACUUUCUUAAUAAUGGUAGCUUACUGUGAUAGCCAAAUGUAUGCAGCGGAAUUAAAUAAAUUUAAAACGUCCGAAUUUUUUAAAUUUAUUUCCAAUAUUGUAGAAAGUGGCAUAACAUCUAAAAUAUACUCACAAAGAGCUGAGCUAAUUAUAAAUCAUAUGAAUCCUUCAAUAGAAAAGUUGGAAUACGGAAAUUCUUUGGUUUUGUGUGAAUCUACUAUUAGCCAUGCAAUAAAUAAAUUAAUAAUGGAUGUCCCAUCAGCUAUAGAAACAAAAAAAUGUUCUAUAGAUGCAUGUGAUACUCAAGUAGUAAGUACCUUAAAAUAUUUAACAUUUCAAGUUAAUGAUGGAGAAACCAUAAAAGAACUACAGACUUAUAUAAAUACAAGAACAGAAACUGAAUAUAUAAACUGUGGAGAUAAUUGCAAGGGAAUAAAAACCAUAACAACGGAUAUUUCAAAAGUUCAUUUAUUUAUUGAUAUUUUAUAUUGGGAAGGUGAUGAUAACCAAAAGAGCAGUGAGGCUGGUAUAAUACUAAAAAUUAAAUUGUGUGAUAUCCCUACUGUUCUUACAUAUAACUCAGUAACAUAUGAGCUUCGUGGUGUUAUAUGCUAUCAUAAAGGAAAAUCGAGUUUAAGGAAUUCAAUUGGCCAUUACAACACUUAUUCCAGAAGAGGGACGAGAAAUUGGGAGUUGUAUGACGAUUUAAAGAAGAAAUCGAUACCUAUCAAGGACACAACAAUGGUACCUUGUAAAUUUGUAUUUUAUACAGUAUAAAAAAACUGUUAUUAAAGAGUGUACAUCAAUAAUAUAUAAAUUAAUACAUAUUCACUAGUUUUAAAAACAUUCAUACAAAGGACUGUAUUAUAUUUCAUUUAUAUUUUAAAUUAAUUUAUAUAUAUAUAUUUUUUAUACAUAUAAAGUA